CCCAGCGUAGCCUUCUUCCUGCUUCACUCGCUCGACGCUCACCACAGUCAUCACCUGAUACACUACACUCACUUCCCUCGACCACUCUGACACCAUCGCACUACUGGAGCGCUUAGCACGUACGAUCUCCUUAUCUCUCAUUUUUGUUUCCACUAGUGGCCAGGUAGCGGGCGCUGCGUCUCUCACAGAGAAUCGCUGAGCCCCACUUUGCGUCCCCACUUCUUGCGCUAAGGUGGUCACUCUUCAUCACUACCUCAACCCCGUGCCGUGGUCAGACAUGGCUGCGACAUCCACCUCCCCAUACCCAAUACCCUUUCCUAACAAGGUCAAGGGUGGGAGUCCACAGUAUGGUCUGCCCUCAAACGCCAUCGCCUCUUCGUCUUUUUCUCCCUCAUCCUCUGCUUCAUCAUCGUCCAAUGAUAGCCUUUCAGGCUCGCCUCCACCUUCUGCUCAGCAACAGGCUUCCGCAGCCAUAGGUGGGAAUAGAGUCAAGUCGUCAGCCGCCAAGAGAGCCAGCGCCAAGGCAGCUGCCGCAACGAAAAAGGCCGCUGCUGCUGCCCGUGGGGAUGAAGACUCUCGUACAUCACGAGCACCUCAUGGCGAGGGUAGCAGUAGUCGAUCUACUGCCGCUGCAAGCCCUACGCCCGGACCAGAUGCAAAGGGAGAUUGGGUCGUGCCACAGCGUGCCAAGCCGGGACGAAAGCCAAGUCAGGAAGAGCCUCUCACGAAGCGGCAGGCGCAGAACCGGGCUUCUCAACGAGCAUUCAGAGAGAGGAAACAGAGCCAUGUCGCCACUCUUGAAGCCAAAGUGGCUGCAUAUGAAGAGGAAAAGUUGACCAGAGAUGCUAGAGAGGAGAAGGCGCAACGCAAGCUUCGGGCAGACAAUGCCGCCCUGACAGAGGAGAAUGCUGCAUUGAAGGCAAAGGUCAAGGAGCUGGAGCUAGCCGUGCAGACUCUCAAGAGCAGCGAAGGAAGUGGCUCUUCUUCGAGGCGGGUCAUGGAAUCCGCCAGACCAUGUCAACCAGGCACAUGCUCAGAAGUCGGCUGUCGAGCCCCGUCUCACGAAGGUCUGCCGGCUCAAAGGCUCAAGCGCCCUCUCCCCUCUCGCAAGAAUUCUACAGGGCAAGUAGAUUACAAUGGACAACAGUACCAAAUUGCUACUUCGCCAUCACGCUCAAAUGAUAACACAAGUCGGUUCGGCGCAAUGACAAUAGCGGCUUCACGUCCUCUUGCGCGUCCAGAUCUGAUCAACAGGCCUGCACAACAGACCGUGUCCUUCUGGUCAACGACAGAGCUCUCCUCUCCGGUAGGCGCACAGUCAAGUCAUCACAGCGCUGUGCAGAAGCUCCAACGAGAACCCUCCCCAGAUCUCAUGGCCUCGAGCAGUAUGGACAUGGAUCGCGAUUGUGGGUUCUGUACCGAUGCUACGCCCUGCAUCUGUCGGGGCGAAGCUAUCCUUGACCUCACUGGAAUGGAUGCGAGCAGCGAUGAUGAUCGAAACAAGAGUCUAUCGGAGAGGCUUGACAAUACAUGGAUGGAGGGCGUAGACACGAUGGGUAAGAUCGAAGAGGAGACAGGUGACGAUUAUGAUGGCAAUGUGGGAGGCUUCACCGUGGCAAGCUUUGGUGGCGGCAAGGCACCUCACAAGGAGUACAAAGAAGGCCUCUCGACUGUGGCUGCCAAUCCGACAACUCUAGCAUCAGUUCAGGACGUCCCUAUCCGACCAGCAGUAUCGAUCUCCUCGCUCUUGUCUUCGCGGACCAAAGCACCACUGGGCAAGAAACUCUGGAAUACCACCACACCAGCACUUGCAGCCCCUACUUCUGCGCCUACACCAUCGACUCAAGCGUCUAUAUCCCGUAAGAGCAGCAGCAAGCUCUGGUGGACCUCACCUGCAUCGGCCCAGACCAUCACCACUUCAUCGAUGACGUCCUUUGUGCCAGCUGCGGGCGGAAGACCUGCAGUCGCUGGCGGCAAGAAAGAGACGCUAGCCGAUGCCCUGUGUUCAGGGGAUCCGGCCAAUUGUCCAGCUUGCGGAACAGACCCGGUCUUGGCUGCCUUCUGUGAGGCAGUAGCCGAUGACGGCGCCAUCAGUGAAGCGAGCAGCUUCUCCAGCAUUGGCCCUUCCAUUUCCAUCUCACGAAGAGGCAGCACGGCGGACAGGCCUACCGACGUUGUCUUCGAAGAUCAGGAUGAUCCCAUGUCGGGUAAAGUGCCGCUGGGGUCGAGCAGCACGCUCCGCUACCCCUCUGGCACCUCCAUGAGCCCUCCCGCACCCUUCUCCCUGCCUCUACCAUACCGCAACGCCUCCUCCGCAUCUGUCAUCCCUACUCUUGCCAGUCUAGAGCGCCAUGGAUACACGAUCCCAGACGCAUUCAAGCAAAUUCGAUCCCACCCGGCUUUUCCAAAGUGGCAAGGAGGACUCAACCUGCUCGCUGAUGUUGUUUCCGGAAGGGCACCGACGCAAGGACAGGGACAGACGAGCCCAAUAGCACUCGGGGGAACUUCGCCUCCCUUCUCUACUGCUCGCAAAGGACUUGCGAGGAGAGGCGCUGGCACUGGCACGGCUUCAGGUGGAUUGACGGUGGCAGAGGAGAGGAAGGCCCGCCAUCCUUCGGUAGAAAUUGGCCCCUCCUUGCAGAGGAAGACGUGCCUGAUGGAAAGCACCGAUCGGGAUGUGAUGAGCGAUCAUGAUCACGACCACGUAGACAAGCACGACCGCUCAAAGGAGAAUAAUCAGGAGCACGACGAGAGUCACGAAGCUCGACCUUCGACUUCAGACGCAGCUGGACCCUCUUUCGUUCCGCUAUCCUCUCUCAGUCGUCACGAGGAUGGCGCUACCAGGGAUGGCCACCACGGGCACGGGCACGGCCAUGGGCAUGGGCAUAAGCGUCGUCGUCUUUACGUCGAGAAUGAUCGGGUGGAAGAAGCCCUCCGCAUGCUCGACGGUGGCGUCAUAGGUUCAAUGGGCACAGGUACGGGUACAGCUACAGCUACAGGCGUAUCGAUGGCCACUUCUCGAAGCUUGACGGGGUUGAUCCCCUGUGGAGAGUGUCCCUGCCCAUGUCCUUGGGCACAGCAGCCCUCGACUUCUACGUCUACCUCGAUCUCUAAAGGGCAGCACAACGAGUGAGAAAAGGUAAAGCUGAGGUGCACUUUGGGAGAAAGACUGGAAAUGAGAGGGAUGGAGAGGGUCUGUACCAACCAGAAUGAUGGUCGGAAGGUGGGAGAGGGACAGGGCGGAGCGGCUCUUGUACAUUUUAAUCCACCCCAUUCCAAUCCCCAUUCUUUCCAGUGAGCACUACACACGCACAUACACCAAAAAUGUUCAUUCGACCAU